AUGUCCUCAUAUAACUACAAUCAAUUUGAACAAAUGACAAGAGAAGAAAAAGAUCGUCUUUGUGAUGAAAAUGAUCAAAUAAUUCAAGAAAUGAUUCAUCGACGUACUGAACGUGAACGUAUUUUCGACUACAACAUACGAAGAAAUAAUUAUGAUGAUGAUUCAAACCGAAACCAACUUAAAAGACAACUUACUUCAACCAGUCAAGUUGAUGAAUAUUGCGUUCAUGAAGCCGACGAUACCAAUCCUUUCAUCUUUGUAUCAAGGGGUGCUAAACGUAAACCAAAAAAUCUAAAUGAUAAAGCAUAUGAUGGAAACAAAGAUGAUGUUAUACCUGUUUUCGAUCACACCACCUCAUCAGCAACACACAACGGCGGACGGCUGUUUAUAAACAAUGGAAAUUUAACAUGCUAUACUCGACAUAUUGAACUAUUUGUAUACUUGUCCGAACCAAGCAAUUAUCCAACAAUUAUCAAUGAUACAGAAAUAUUACCAAGCAGACCUAAACAUCUUCCACCUCAAAAUACAAUAAUUCUCAAAUAUAUUCCUAAUUAUAUUACACACGAUGAAAUUUAUAAAGAACUUAGUUCACAUUUUGGUACAUUAUACAAUGUUGAGGAAAUGAAAGGGUCAAAAACUGACAAGUUUCGCCAUGUGCGAAUGGAAUUAAAAUCAAAUUCGGAAUAUGAAGGAUUACUCAGAAGUGGAGGAUUAUCAAUUGGUGGUCAUCUAAUUGAAGCUGAAGAAUUUCUUGCACCACCUCGGCUUUUAAUGUGCACAAAGUGUAAUGAACCUGGUCAUAUACGUAAAUAUUGUACGUUUAAAUAUGACGCCUGUCGAAGAUGUGGUGAAGAUCGGGCAAUUGGUGACCAUAAUGAAUGUACUAUUUCAUGUCAUAGGUGCCAUCAACAGCACUUAUCAACUGACUACAAGUGCCAAUAUUUGAUGGAUUACCGUCGCUCCUUGCUAAACCAACUAAAGGAAAAACCUAAUCUUUUACCACCAAAUGUUCGAAUAUUUAUUCCUAUUGAUUGUCGGGAUCAGGGAGUCAGAAACAACAGAAUCUUAAUCAAUCCAAGAUCAAGCAUUCACACAACGACAAAUAAUCGAAUGGAUCAAAAUCCAUUUAAUAUUAAAUCAUUUUCCUGGCCGGCACUUACCAACAAAUCCCAGAACCAAUGUAUGGAACAAGUCAAUGAACAAACCAUAUGGAAUGAUCUAAAACAAAAACAAGAAGAAAUUGAUAAAUUAAAGGACGAAUUUAAUUUGAAACUAGCAAAUCAUCAGGCGAAAUACAACGACCAUUUGAAGAAAAUGAACGCUAUUUUACUAAGUGCCUCUCAACAAACGAAAUAUCAAAAUGAAAGUGUCGACCGGUGCUAUACAACCAUAAAUGAAGUUCUACCAAUACUAUCGGCUACACUCGAAAUAGUUCAGCGGAUCGUUACGACAAUCAACACAACAAGUGGAAAUGAUACAAACAAUAAUGACACACAAGAAAUACUUCACCAUAUAUCUCAAUCUCUCGAAUUUAUCAAAGAUAGAAACGAACUACUUGUUAACAACCAAAAAGCACUGGGCAACCUGAUUGAACAACAAGAUCGAUUGAUGAUGCAUGGUGUCAACAGCUUAAUAACAACCAAUGAAUAAUACAAUCUUCAACAUUGAACCAAUGACGAACUAUUCCCAUCCUCUCCCAAACUCAAAUGAACCAACUCAACAAACGAAAUCACCAUCCAACAAUACCAACAGCUUGAUAUCGAAAACAUCCAACUGUAUGAAUAAAAACAUUUUCUUUUUCUGUAAUCCCCUUAUAUCCCCCUCGCUAUGUGAUAACUUUCCUGGUACCGCCCAAGAGAAAUCUACUCUUCUUGACAUGAUCACUGAAUGGAACGUACGUCUCAGCAUAUCUGAUCUAUGUAAACAAUGGAAAAAAGACCGUCCCUUACAAGACAAAACAUCCAACCUACUAAUUAUUCUGUUCAAUGUCGAGGGUCUAAACACACAUAUAACUGAUGUCGAUCUGCUGUUAACCGAGCAUAAACCACACAUAUGUAUCUUAACUGGAAUUGGGGCUGCUGCCAGAAAACUCCCUGAAUUUACGGGCUACUGUGGAAUGUCGCAAUUUGGAACAAAUUCCUACGGAGGAGUAGCAAUACUAUAUCAGAAACAUCUAAAAUGUAAAAUAGUCGAACGAGAUCUAAAUUUUUUAUUAAUCGAAGUACAAACACCUUGUGAACCUAUACUUAUUGGAGCAGUCUAUGUACCACCAGGGUCCCUACCGCCCUUUCAGCUGUUCAACAAAUGUUCAAGCAGAUCCUUCUACAUCCUAGGGGAUUUCAAUGCCAAACACACCUCAUGGAACUGUAAACAAAAUAAUACAAGCGGGGUACAUAUUCUGAACUGGCUGGAGGCGACAGGAAAUGAUAUGAUCAUACCUAAAAAACCCACAUCACGAAGAUCCAACUCUAUAAUAGAUUUUGGGAUCACACAUGACUCAUCAGGAUGGAACACAGAAGUACUUCAAGAGGGAACAUCUGAUCACUGGCCCGUGUUAUUCCAAGCACCCAUACUUAUCGAAAACACAAUGUUAUAUAGGCAAACAAACUGGACAUUAUUUAGCUUCUUCUUAUCAACGGCUACUCAAUACUGGAAUUCUCUCGUCUAUAACCUCGAUACGGAAUCUUUUUUCUCUCUUUUCUCUUCAUUUCUACAGGCGUUACAAGAUAGAUGUAGUACAUAUAAAAAUAUAGAUAAGUUUCGACCACCAUGGCCUCCAUCGCUCGUUUUAUUAGCUAGAACAGUCAACAAACAUAGACGUGCAUAUCGUAGAUCGAGAAAAACCUCCCAUCUCGAAAGUUUUUUAAUGUGGAAAGAAAUAUUCAAGGUUGAAAGAGCCACCUACAUGCAACAACGUAGGGAAAAGAAAAUUGAAUGGUUAAAAGAAGGAAAUAAUAUCUGGAAGAGUGUCAAGCAUACCUUUC